AUGUCUCGUCCUGAACUUCAGGCGCCUCCAGAGAUUUACUAUGGCGAUUCAGAAGCCGUGAAAUACACCAAAAACACUCGCAAUCAACAGAUACAGGCCGAUCUGACCUACCGCGCAUUAGAAUUGCUCAACAUGCCUCCAGAUCAGUCAGCUUUCUUGCUGGAUAUCGGCUGUGGUUCAGGACUUUCUGGAGAAAUAUUAGACGAAGAAGGAUAUGUGUGGGCAGGUGUUGAUAUUGCUCCUAGCAUGCUAGAGGUUGCUUUGGAAAGGGAGGUAGAAGGUGAUUUAUUUUUACAGGAUAUUGGGCAAGGUUUAGGAUUUAGACCAGGUAGCUUUGAUGGUGCAAUCAGUAUAUCAGUGCUACAAUGGCUCUUGAAUGCAGAAACUUCACAUCAUACGUCCGCACCACCCCAUCGGCUACAUCGUUUUUUUACUACCUUGCAUUCCGCUUUACGAAAUCCAUCGCGUGCCGUCUUUCAAUUUUACCCCACGUCAGACGAUCAAAUCCAGCUUAUUACAUCCACGGCCCAGAAAGCUGGGUUUGGUGGAGGCAUUGUUGUAGAUUAUCCAAACUCAAAGAAGGCGAGAAAAGUGUACCUAUGUUUGUUUGUAGGGGGAGGUGGAGGACAACAGCAGGUGCCUGCAGGAUUGAAUGAAGAAGCUAUGGAUGAUGAUAGCGUGCGCUUUGAGCGAAGACGGCAGAGGGAACGCGCUAGAGAUAGAAGUGGCAAGCGAAAGAAAGUAAUGGACAAGGAAUGGAUUUUAAAGAAGAAAGAGCUAUAUCGUCAACGUGGCAAAGAGGGCGUCCCAAGAGAUUCGAAAUUUACUGGACGCAAGCGGAAAGCAACAUUUUAA